AUGUGGCCCUCUCGGGUGCUGUUGGGUGGUGGCAGUGAGUGGAGUAUCUACCAGUACAUCCCACCAGACUGGAUGGCUGCUUACAAAGCCAGCUUACAAAGUCACCAGCACGCCAAACGCAAACGCAGGAACACACCAGGAGAGCCCUCCAGCACCAGCAGGCCCCUCUCCCCGGUGCCCAGGGGCGCGUUAUCCGAACAAAGCGAUGCCAGGCUCGGGAGGGGACAGACGUGCUGCCUGGACGGGGCUGCCCGUCACCCCGACACGCAGUCACGCCGUCACCCCGUCACCCCAACACGCCCUCACGCCAUCACCCCGUCACCCCGUCACCCCGACACGCAGUCACCCCGUCACCCCGUCACCCCGACACGCCGUCACCCCCGACACACCAUCACCCCGUCACCCCGUCACCCCGACACACCGUCACCCCAACACACAGUCACGCCGUCACCCCGUCACCCCGACACGCCCUCACGCCAUCACCCCGUCACCCCAUCACCCCGACACGCAGUCACCCCGUCACCCCGUCACCCCGACACGCCGUCACCCCGACACGCCAUCACCCCGUCACCCCAACACGCCCUCACGCCAUCACCCCGUCACCCCGUCACCCCGACACACCGUCACCCCAACACGCAGUCACGCCGUCACACCAACACCCCGACACCCCGUCACCCCGACACGCAGUCACACCGUCACCCUGUCACCCCGACACGCAGUCACACCGUCACCCCAUCACCCCGACACGCCGUCACCCCAACACGCCAUCACCCUGUCACCCCGUCACCCCGACACGCAGUCACCCCGACACGCCAUCACCCCGACACGCCAUCACCCCGACACGCAUUCACACCGUCACCCCGACACACCGACACGCAGUCACCCCGUCACCCCUUCACCCCAACACGCCAUCACCCCGACACGCCGUCACCCUGUCACCUCGUCACCCCGUCACCCCGUCACCUCGUCACCCCGUCACCCCGUCACCCCGUCACCGUCACCCCGUCACCCCACCACCCCGUCACCCCGUCACCCCGUCACCCCGUCACCCCGUCACCCCGUCACCCCGUCACCGUCACCCCGUCACCCCGUCACCCCGUCACCCCGUCACAUUGUCACCCCGUCACCCCGUCACCCCGUCACAUUGUCACCCCGUCACCCCGUCACCGUCGCCCCGUCACCCCGUCACCCCGUCACCCCGUCACCCUGUCACCCCGUCACCCCGUCACCGUCACCCCCGUCACCCCGUCACAUUGUCACCCCCGUCACCCCCGUCACCCCAUAACCUCGUCACCCCCGUCACCCCGUCACCCCGUCACCUUGUCACUGGUGCCUGACGCCAGCCCCAGACCUCACUGGGUCUCCAGUCCUGUCCUACGCACAGGGAGCCUGGCCGAGCCCUCCGCGUACCUGCAAGCCGAGUCGCCUGAGGUCCCAAGUGUGGGCUGUGGCAAGGACAGCCUGUUCCUGCCGGCUUGUCACGGUGCGGCGCUGACUACCGGCUUGUCACGCCCUGGAACCCAAUCUAGGACCGAGCGUGGGCAGCUGCGGCUGCCAUCUGGCACGCUCUCAGCCUCUGCACCAAGCAGCGACCGCCCCUCUCUCCUCUCUCUCUGCUUGAAAUUCUUCACUGGCCAGGCUGCGGCCAAGACAGUCUUCCUGUCCCUCCUGCUGCCCUACGCCCACCCAGCCAUGCCCCCGGGACCCCCAUCGCAGCCCUCCCCACCAGACGCAGCCACGCCCCCAGGACCCCUGUCCCAGCCCUCCCCACCAGACGCAGCCACACCCCCGGGACCCCCGUCCCAGCCCUCCCCACCAGACGCAGCCACACCCCCAGGACCCCCGUCCCAGCCCUCCCCACCAGACGCAGCCACACCCCCGGGACCCCCGUCCCAGCCCUCUCCACCAGACGCAGUGACCCCUUCACCAACUGACCAGACGGUGACGGUUCCCUCCAGUGCUGAACUCCACUCAGCCACGCCCCCAGGACCCCCCAUCCCAGCCCUCCCCACCAGACGCAGCCACACCCCCGGGACCCCCGUCCCAGCCCUCUCCACCAGACCCCAGGACCCCCAGUCCCAGCCCUCCCCACCAGACGCAGUGACCCCUCCACCAACUGACCAGACAGUGGGCUCCCUCCAAUGCUGA